AUGGUUGUACGCAGCGAAGCAUUCGUGUUGAACAUUGCCGUUUUCAUCCGAAUGGGAACCUCCUGUCAAAACAACCCAAUGUGGCUAAAACGCGAAUUUACUGACCGGAAGGUUCGCGGUUCGAAUCCGACCUCUGCCUCCCGACUUUUCCUGUCUAGGCUUUGGCAACCUGACAGUAUCCCAGCCCUCGUGCUUUCUUCGGGUGACAUAGCAGCUAGGCACCGGAAGGGUGUUACAGCUGAAAGAAGAUUUCACUUCUUCGGUAUACAGUACAUUAUGAUUAUGUCACCCAUUAAAAGCGAACUAGAAAGAUACGUUAAACAAUAUAGGUCGAUCCAAUGUUUCGAGGCUGCAAGUGUAUUCCUGUCAAUGCUGAUGACUUCA